CUCCCCCCACUCUCAUCCCAUUCCUUGCAAGCCAUCUCUGCUCUGCUCACUCUCCUCUCCUCGCGGCUGCUAAGCUAAGCUAAGCUAAGCUCAAGGCAAGCUAGGCGCCACCAUGGGCAAGGACGACGUGAUCGAGAGCGGCGCCGGCGCCGGCGAGUUCGCGGCCAAGGACUACACGGACCCGCCCCCGGCGCCGCUGAUCGACGCGGCGGAGCUGGGUUCCUGGUCGCUGUACCGCGCCGUGAUCGCCGAGUUCAUCGCGACGCUGCUGUUCCUGUACAUCACCGUGGCCACCGUCAUCGGGUACAAGCACCAGACGGACACGGCCGCGUCGGGCGCCGACGCGGCGUGCGGCGGCGUGGGCGUGCUGGGCAUCGCGUGGGCCUUCGGCGGCAUGAUCUUCGUCCUCGUCUACUGCACCGCCGGCAUCUCGGGCGGCCACAUCAACCCGGCCGUCACCUUCGGGCUCUUCCUGGCGCGCAAGGUCUCCCUGGUCCGCGCGCUGCUCUACAUCGUGGCGCAGUGCCUGGGCGCCAUCUGCGGCGUCGGCCUCGUGAAGGCGUUCCAGAGCGCCUACUUCGACCGGUACGGCGGCGGCGCCAACUCGCUCGCCUCCGGCUACUCCCGCGGCACCGGGCUCGGCGCCGAGAUCAUCGGCACCUUCGUCCUCGUCUACACCGUCUUCUCCGCCACCGACCCCAAGCGCAACGCCCGCGACUCCCACGUCCCGGUGCUGGCGCCGCUCCCCAUCGGGUUCGCCGUGUUCAUGGUCCACCUGGCCACCAUCCCCGUCACCGGCACCGGCAUCAACCCCGCCAGGAGCCUCGGCGCCGCCGUCAUCUACAACAAGGACAAACCAUGGGAUGACCACUGGAUCUUCUGGGUCGGCCCCCUCGUCGGCGCGGCCAUCGCGGCCUUCUACCACCAGUACAUCCUCCGGGCCGGCGCCAUCAAGGCCCUCGGCUCCUUCAGGAGCAACGCAUGAACCGAUUAGCCAGCCUUCUUGUUGUGACCUGUGUGCUUGCAAAGGCUGCGUGCUGAAGCAAUGGCGGUCGACGCUGGGGGGAAGAAUAAGUUUGCAUCUGCAGAUGAGGUUGUGCCGCUGGUCGUCUUGUUUCAGCAGCUGCGUGCGUGAAUUUGGCUUCGUCCUUCCUCCUGUAAUCAAAUCAACCAUGUGUCGUGAUGAUCUGUCUCUCAAGGGAUUCUAUCCACCAUCUCCUCUCCUAUUCUCCUAGCAUGGACCUCUAUUUAAUUAUUAUGUAGCGACGAUCACCAUCAUCAUCA